GGUUGACCCCGGAAGUGCCUGAAUCGGAUCGGACCGCUUUUAUGUUCCUGCUCCGGUCGCGGCCAGACUGAAACCGUGAAGACGCUCGUUCCCACCGACGUGCUCGUCACUUCCACACCCGCUCGCUCGAACCCGCAACCUCGAACCCACUUUUGCACUCGCCCCCCCCACCCCCACCCCGCCGCGGAGAGAAACAUGUCCCGGAGACGACACAGCGACGAGAACGACGGAGGUCAGGCUCAUAAAAGGAGGAGAACAUCUGAGCCCAUCGAGAUCGAGGAUCGUCUGGAGUCACUGAUAUGUCGUGUGGGGGAGAAGAGUACGUCGUCCCUGGAGAGCAACCUGGAGGGGCUCGCUGGCGUCUUAGAGGCCGACCUCCCAAACUACAAAAACAAAAUCCUGCGCAUUUUAUGUGCUGUCGCCCGCCUCCUACCCGAGAAGCUGACUGUCUACACAACUUUAGUCGGCCUCCUCAACGCCAGGAACUACAACUUCGGGGGCGAGUUUGUCGAGGCGAUGAUCAGACAACUCAAAGAAACCUUGAAAAACAACUUGUACAAUGAAGCCGUUUACUUGGUUCGUUUUCUGUCUGACUUGGUCAACUGCCAUGUGAUCGCCGCUCCUUCGAUGGUGGCCAUGUUUGAAAAUUUUGUCAGUGUUACUCAAGAGGAGGAUGUACCACAGGUUCGGUCGGACUGGUUUGUGUACGUGGUUCUCUCCUGUCUGCCCUGGGUCGGUAAGGAGCUCUACGAGAAGAAGGACGUUGAGAUGGACCGACUCCUCAGUCAGGUCGAGGGCUACCUCAAGAGGAGAGUAAAGACUCAUGUCCCGAUGCUGCAGGUGUGGACAGCGGAGAAGCCUCAUCCUCAAGAGGAGUACCUGGACUGCCUCUGGGCUCAGAUGCAGAAGCUAAAAAAAGACCGAUGGCAGGAGCGCCACAUCCUUCGCCCGUAUAUCGCCUUCGACAGCGUCCUGUGUGAGGCGCUGCAACACAACCUGCCGCCCUUCACCCCACCGGGCCACAUGCCCGACGCUCAGUAUCCGAUGCCCCAGGUCGUCUUCCGCAUGUUCGACUACACCGACGCGCCCGAGGGUCCCGUGAUGCCCGGCAGUCACUCUGUGGAGAGAUUUGUCAUCGAAGAAAACCUGCACUGCAUCAUCAAGACUCACUGGAAAGAGAGGAAAACAUGUGCUGCUCAGUUACUCAGUUAUCCAGGGAAAAAUAAGAUUCCGCUCAACUAUCACAUUGUGGAGGUGAUCUUCGGGGAGCUUUUCCAGCUGCCCGCUCCGCCUCACCUUGACGUCAUGUACACCACACUGCUUAUUGAACUCUGCAAACUGCAGCCGGGAUCUCUGCCACAAGUCUUGGCCCAAGCCACAGAGAUGAUGUACAUGAGGCUGGACACCAUGAACACCAGCUGCAUAGACAGACUAAUAAACUGGUUUUCUCAUCAUUUGAGCAACUUCCAGUUUCGUUGGAGCUGGGACGACUGGUCCGACUGCCUGGCUGUGGAUCUAGAUAAACCCAAGCCCAAGUUUGUCAAAGAAGUUCUGGAGAAGUCUAUGAGACUUUCGUAUCAUCAGCGAAUGGUGGACAUCGUCCCUCCGACCUUCUCAGCGCUCAUCCCCGCUGAACCCAUCUUCAUAUACAAGUACCUGGACGAGAGCUCUUCGUCGUUGCCUGGUUACCCAGUAUCCAUCACUGUGGGGAACGCCAUCAAGAACCGUGCGUCCAAUGAAGAGAUCCUGUCCAUCCUCAAAGAAGUGCCCAACCCCAACCAGGAAGACGACGAUGAUGAAGGCGAGACUUUCAACCCUCUGAAGAUUGACGUGUUCCUGCAGACUCUUCUCCACCUGGCGGCCAAAUCCUUCAGCCACUCCUUCAGCGCCCUCGCCAAGUUUCAUGAAAUCCUGAAGGCGCUGACCGACAGCGACGAGGGGAAGCUGCACAUGCUGAAAGUGGUUUAUGAAGCGUGGGUGAACCACCCACAGAUGAUCGCCGUGUUGGUGGACAAAAUGAUCCGGACACAGAUUGUUGACUGUGCUGCUGUCGCCAACUGGCUCUUCUCCCAGGACAUGGCUCACGAGUUCACCAGACUUUUCACCUGGGAGAUUUUGCAUUCCACCAUUCGAAAGAUGAACAAACACGUCCAGAAGAUCCAGAAGGAGCUGGAGGAGGCCAAGGACAAGCUGGAGAAACAGCAGCAUAAGAGGUUGGGGCUUGUACUCCAGCAGAAGGACAGCGGUGACGAGGAGGACAUGGAGAAGAACAGCGAGGACGAGGAUGGUCAGCUGGAGGAGCAGAUCGAGAGGCUACAGGAGAAGGUGGAGUCGGCUCAGAGCGAACAGAAGAACCUCUUCCUCGUCAUCUUCCAGCGCUUCAUCAUGUUGUUGACCGAGCACUUGGUUCGCUGUGAGACUGGAAGUGUCGACAUCAGCACGCCCUGGUACAAGAGCUGCAUCGAGCGCCUGCAGCAGAUCUUCCUCAUGCACCAUGUGACCAUCCACCAGUACAUGGGAACCCUGGAGAACCUGCUGUUCACCGCGGAGCUCGACCCCCACAUCCUGGCCGUCUACCAGCAGUUCUGUGCUCUGCAGCUCUAAGAAUCACCGACAUCAAUGUGUACGUGUGUUCACACAGUACCUGUGCUAAACAUACACAUUACAAACUACCAGCUCUUGCAUCAAGAAUCUCAUUAGUUGUUGUUUUUUUUAAAUUUCCCUUCUUUUUGUGUUUAGUGUCAUUCGACCUGUCAGUUACAUGCAAGAGUCUAUUUGACAAAUCCUGUCAUUAAUUUGCUGUAGUGAUAUUUUUAAUUGUAUUUCCCCUUUUUCUGUUUUUUUUUUUUGCUUUGGUUUUUAAUUAGGUUAAUUUUUACAUUCUGCUUGUUUUCUCGUGGGGUCUUUUUUAAAACUGUCUGAGUCCAGACAGAGCUGGAGAGGUCAGGUCGGCUCCGACUGAUUCUGAAUCUAAAGAGCGAUAUACUUUUUUAUAUUUGUUUUUUUGUGCAAGUGGGAAAUAAUUAAACUCUCCAGAGUCUUUAUCCUG